AUGCUGGAUCCGGACCGGCGCGUCUUCUUCCUCCUCUUCCUCUUCUCCUUCUCCUCCGCCGCGGUCCUCCGCUCCGUGCACGCGUCGUGUCCUCCGCGCUGCGAGUGCUCGGAAGCGGCUCACACCGUGAAGUGCGUGUCCAAGGAGCUGCGGAGGGUCCCGGAGGGGAUCCCCGGGUACACCCGCAAUCUGUUCAUCACCGGGAACCAGAUCAGUCGCCUCGGUCCCGAGUCGUUCAGAGGACUGGAGAACGUGACCCACUUGUCUCUGAGCAACAACAGAAUCUCUGAGGUGGAGUCCAACACGUUUGCCGGACUCCGCAGCCUUCGCUCUCUGGACCUGAGCAACAACCAGCUGGCCAUCAUUCACCCCGAGGCCUUCACCGUCCUGAACCAGUCUCUGCAGGAGCUCAACCUGAGCCGAGCCCUCUACAACCACUCCACCGUGAUGGACCUGGCCACGUCCUUCCGCUGGAGCUCCCUGGGGACCCUCCGGGGACUGGACCUGUCCCACAACAGCCUCAUCUAUUUGCCCUCGCGCAUCUUCUCGCACCUGACCAGCCUCCGACGGCUCCUGCUGUCCAACAACUCGCUGGUGGCCAUCCACAACUCCACCCUGGCAGGUCUGGAGCACCUGGAGGAGCUGGACCUCACGCUCAACGCCCUCAAGACCUUUCCAGAGGAGGGCCUGCGAGAGCUGGACUCCCUGCCCCGAGUGGCCCUCCUGCUGGAGGAGAACCCCUUCACGUGCACAUGUGGAAUUGAACCCUUCGCGUUGUGGCUCAACAGAUCCCAGGGGCGGAUCAGGAACGCUGAUAGUCUGGUGUGCUCCUUCCCAACCAGCAUGAGAAACACAUCCAUGCUCGCUGUGGGCACCAUGACUCUCGGAUGCCACCAGAGAGACCCAGGGGCCGACCUUGCUCUGCAGACCUCCUAUGUGUUCUUGGGUUUAGUCCUGGGCUUCAUUGGCCUCAUCUUCCUAUUUGUACUUUAUCUCAACCGCAAGGGCAUCAAGAAGCGGAUCUACGACCUGCGAGAUGCUUUCAGGGAGGUGUUGGACGGCUACCACUACCGCUUUGAGAUCGAUUCGGACCCCCGGAUAUCACAGAUCUCCUCGGGCGCUGACGUGUGAGAGGACAAUCACCCCUGGUGUAUUUUCAUAUGACUCUUUUUUUAA